CGGGCCCGCCACGCUCUGCGCAGCUUGGUCCGCUCCUGCCCGGCCCUGCCCACAUUGGACCGGGCCGGGCCCGGUCCUGCCCGCUCCUGUCCGGCCCAGUCCUGCCAAGCCCUGGCCAGGGCGGUCCGGCCGGGGGCCCUGGGCAUGGGCAGGGGCGGCGUGGACGAGACUGAGCCAGCCUGGGCACGGAGCGCGGACAAAGGCGACAAGAACAACAGGAGGAGGAGGAGGAGGAGGCUGGAGUAGCCACCCCGAGGACCAGGAGGAGGAGGAGGAGGAGGAGGAGGAGGACCAGGCCCCGCCGCCCCCAUCCUCUGGGCGCACUGCAGUUUCUGUCCCUCGAGGACCCCCGGGGGGCGAGCUCUGCCCGGCUUGACACCCCCUGCCUGCCUCCCUUUGCCCCUGGCACCCGAGGACUUGGACUUCCCAAGCGCUUAGUACGGUGCUCUGCACAGUAAGCGCUCAAUAAAUACGAUUGAUUGAUUGAUUGAUUGAUUGAACCCCCACCCCCCCCCCGGUGCCCCUCGGAGCAGGCCGGAGAGAAGGAGGCCCUCGAGUGGGUUGGGGGGAGGAGCCCCCGGACCCCCGGACCAUGAGCGGAGGGACCGCAGGCGGCCGGGGAGACCCCGGGCAGCGAGGCGGGAGCCGGGGGGGGCCGCCACUCCUGAUGCCACCCCUGCUGCCCACCCUGCUGCCCACCCUGCUGCUCAUCCUGCUGGGAGGGGGCUGCGGCGGGGCGGCCCAAGACGGACAGGUCGACGCCGAGAACUGGCUGCGUCUAUAUGGCUACCUCCCCCAGCCCAGCCGCCAGAUGUCCACCAUGCGGUCAGCCCAGAUCCUGGCUUCCGCCAUCUCUGAGAUGCAGCGCUUCUAUGGCAUCACGGUCACGGGGGUGCUGGACGAGGAGACCAAAGACUGGAUGAAGCGGCCGCGCUGUGGGGUUCCAGACCAGUUUGGCAUGCGGGUGAAAGCUAACAUGCGGCGGAAGCGGUAUGCCCUCACCGGGAGGAAGUGGAACCAUCGUCAGCUGACCUUCAGCAUCCAGAACUACACGGAGAAGCUGGGAUGGUUCCAGUCCUACGAGGCGGUGCGGCGGGCCUUCCGGGUGUGGGAACAGGCUACGCCCCUCGUCUUCCGAGAGAUUCCCUACGAGGACAUCCGGCUGCGGCAGCAAAAGGAGGCCGACAUCAUGGUGUUGUUCGCCUCUGGUUUCCACGGCGACAGUUCCCCCUUCGACGGCGUUGGGGGCUUCCUGGCCCACGCGUACUUCCCCGGCCCGGGCAUGGGCGGGGAUGCCCACUUCGACGCUGAAGAGCCCUGGACCUUUGCCAACACCGACGUGUAUGGUAACAACCUCUUCCUAGUAGCCGUCCAUGAACUGGGCCACUCCCUGGGCCUGGAGCAUUCCAACAACCCCAGUGCCAUCAUGGCCCCCUUCUACCAGUGGAUGGACACCGAGGACUUCCAGCUGCCCGACGAUGACCUCCGGGGGAUCCAGCAGCUCUAUGGAACCCCGGACGGCCAGCCCCAGCCCACCCAGCCCCUCCCGACAGUCACCGUGCAGCGUCCCGGCAGGCCGGACCACCGCCCGCCCAGGCCACCGCCGCCCGAGGGAAAACCGGACCGGCCCCCAAAGCCGGGCCCUCCUGCCCGGCCCCGGGCCACCGACAGGCCCGAGCAGUAUGGCCCCAACAUCUGCGAUGGAGGCUUUGACACCGUGGCCAUGCUGCGGGGGGAGAUGUUUGUCUUCAAGGGCCGCUGGUUCUGGAGGGUCAGGCACAACCGUGUGCUGGACAACUACCCAAUGCCCAUCGGACACUUCUGGCGGGGGCUGCCCAGCGACAUCAAUGCUGCGUACGAGCGCCACGAUGGGCGCUUUGUCUUCUUCAAAGGGGAUCGGUACUGGCUGUUCCGCGAGGCCAACCUGGAAUCUGGCUACCCGCAGCCACUGUCCAGCUAUGGGGUGGGCAUGGCUUUCGACCACAUUGACACUGCCAUUUGGUGGGAGCCCACCGGGCACACCUUCUUCUUCCAGGAGGACAGGUACUGGCGCUUCAAUGAGGAGACUCACUCAGUGGACCCUGGCUACCCGAAGCCCAUCAGCGUCUGGAAGGGGGUCCCGUUGUCCCCGAAAGGCGCCUUCCUGAGCCCAGAUGCAGCCCACACCUACUUCUACAAAGGCACGAAGUACUGGAAAUUUGACAACGAGCGGCUCAAGAUGGAACCCGGCUACCCCAAGUCCAUCCUGCGAGACUUCAUGGGCUGCCACGAGGCGGCGGCGGACCCCGACGGUGGGCGCCGCUGGCCCGACCCGCACCGCCCGCCCUUCAACCCCGACGGCGGCGGCGACGACGGCGAGGGGGAAGGGGAGGGCCGGGACGCCGGCGACCCGAUCCCGGGAGAGGAGGAGGAGGAGGAGGAGGAGGAGAGGGAGGAGGAGAACGAGGUGGAGGUGGAGGAAGAGCCGGAGAAGGACGGGGGCGACGGAGACCACCGAGUGGUGGUGCGGAUGGAUGAGUACACGCGGACCAUGAACGUGAUCGUGGUUCUGGUGCCCCUGCUGUUGCUGCUCUGCAUCCUGGGCCUCAUCUACGUCAUCAUCCAGAUGCAGCGAAAGGGGGCUCCCCGGGUGCUGCUCUACUGCAAGCGGUCCCUGCAGGACUGGGUGUGACCUCCGACCCCGGCCCCCCUCCCCUCCACAUGGUGCUAACCCCUAGAGCUAGACGGCGGUCUCAUCCCGCAGAUCCAAGGCGACGCUCCCCGCCCACGUGGCCCGGCUCGGCCCGGGCCCGCUCCGGACGGGGUGGUCCCGGCUCUGACUCCCGCGGGCCGGGCGGGCGCCUCUUGUUUCCCAGCACCCCGCAGCCGGGCCUCGGCGCCGGAAGGCAUGCUGCCGGGUGUAUUUAAGAGCGUUGCUCCCGCCCUUCCUACUACCAAGCGCUGGUGCUAACCGAAAUCCAGAGAAACCUUGCCCUCUUCCCCCCACCCUAUAGUCUAUUUAUACUGAGAUUUAAAAAACAUUUUUUUUUUUUUUGCACAACGAUCUGCGUGCGCUCAUCCGGGACGUCCCCCUCGGUGUUGUCGAACGGGGGUGGCAGCCUCUCCCUCUGGCCUCCUCUGGGGCCUCCCUCAUCCCCUCGUCACGUGCGCCUUGGGGUUUCCCACGUCUGGAUCAGUUGGAGAUGAUGCCGAUGAUGGCAAGGGCAGGGAGCGGGCGACCCCGGCCCCCUCCAUCACAGAGGGCGGCUCUGUCCUGGAGAAAAGGCUGGCGGGGGCAGGCAAACCAGAGCUUCUCCACAGCCUGGCAGGGGUGAGGCCAAAUAUCCCCCCAGGAUCCUGGAGCGCCAAGAUCCUUAGCGAGCCAAGGGGCCGAGCUCACUCUGCUCCGGGAGAGUGCAAAUCCCUGCCCAAAGAGAGGGCGAGGGGCAGGCCCCCCACUGACCCGGGCGUGGGCGGUCACUCAAUCCCAACCUUCCUCAUCCAGCUGCUGUCCUCGCCCUCCAGUGACUCCUCUUCCCUGCCCUCUCAGUCCAGAAACCAGACCAAGCUCCAAUAGGGCUAUAUUCAUCAAUCUAUCAGUGGUAUUUAUGGAGUAAUAAUAAUAAUGAUGGCAUUUAUUAAGCGCUUACUAUGUGCAAAGCACUGUUCUAAGCGCUGGGCAUAUUGUACCCUUACUUACCGUGGGCCAAACACUGUCCUAAGCACAUGGGAGAGUACAGUAGCAGCGUGGCUCAGUGGAAAGAGCCCGGGCUUGGGAG